GCAAAACAAAGGGAUUAACCGUGAACUUUACUCUCACCAGGAUACACAACCUGCGCUUAAACAGAAGACUGUGAAACUGAAAGUCUACUGAGAUCUUCUUGAAAAUGAAAAGUCCCAACACUCUUGUCAUGGUUGGAUGCAAAUAAACGGAAGAAGAAAAUAGGAGAUAGCAUGUCGAACUUAACUGGAAAUACCACAACGGAUAUUCACAUGGUCAAUCUCUGGGAGGUGAUUACCAUUGCCACCGUGUCGGCUAUAGUCAGCCUCAUCACCAUUGUAGGGAAUGUGCUGGUGAUGCUCUCCUUUAAGGUCAACAGCCAGCUAAAGACGGUGAAUAAUUACUACCUGCUGAGCCUGGCAGCUGCUGACCUCAUCAUAGGUGUUUUCUCCAUGAACCUGUAUACCUCGUAUAUACUGAUGGGCUACUGGGCCUUAGGGAACCUUGCUUGUGACCUGUGGUUGGCAUUGGACUAUGUAGCCAGUAAUGCCUCUGUCAUGAACCUGUUGGUAAUCAGUUUCGACAGAUAUUUUUCCAUCACCAGACCUCUGACCUACAGGGCCAAGAGGACUCCCAAACGAGCUGGCAUCAUGAUAGGUUUGGCGUGGAUGGUGUCACUUGUUCUGUGGGCCCCACCUAUUCUCUGCUGGCAGUACUUUGUCGGAAAAAGGAAUGUCGAUGAGAAGCAAUGCCAGAUCCAGUUUCUCUCCGAGCCUGUGAUAACCUUUGGGACAGCGAUUGCCGCCUUUUACAUUCCCGUGUCAGUCAUGACAAUUCUGUACUGUCGAAUCUACAAGGAGACUGAGAAAAGGACCAAAGAUCUGGCUGAGUUGCAGGGGGUUACUUAUCCCACCGAGCCUGGGGUCCCCCCGCCUCAGAAGACCAUUGUCAGAUCCUGUUUUAGCUGUAAAUUAAGGUCAACAUCGCAUGACAGGAAUCAAGCCUCUUGGUCUUCCUCCAGCAGAAGCCAUGCGGCCAAAUCAGCAGCCACCACCAAUGACGAGUGGUCCAAAGCUGGUCAGCUGACCACCUUCAACAGUUACGCUUCGUCAGAGGACGAGGACAGGCCAGUGUCACCAGGGGGAUUGCAACCCUCCUUCAGGAACCAGGCUUGUGAGACCCUCAAGAGCGGAGUGGGCAGCGAGAGCGAGCAGCUUAGUAGCUAUGAGGAGGAUUGCUACUUUCAGACUCCGCCCAAAAGCAACUCUCAGAAGAGCGGCAAGUGUGUGUCCUACAAAUUUAAGCCUGUGGCCAAAGACACUGACGUGGAGAACCACAUCAAAAAUGGAGACACCAAAAUGGCAUCAUCGACUUUCUCCUCGGCUGAGUCCAUGAGCGUUCCAUCCACCUCCUCGACGGCGAAGACCAUAGACGCCACACUGAAGAACCAGAUCACCAAGAGGAAGAGGAUGGUGCUGAUCAAGGAGAGGAAGGCAGCUCAGACUCUCAGCGCUAUCUUGUUGGCUUUCAUCCUAACAUGGACGCCAUAUAACAUCAUGGUGCUUAUUUCCACCUUCUGCAAAGACUGCAUUCCCCCCUCCCUCUGGCAUCUGGGCUACUGGCUGUGCUACGUCAACAGCACCGUCAAUCCCAUGUGCUACGCCCUUUGUAACAAGACUUUCCAAAAGACCUUCCGUAUGCUCUUACUUUGCCAGUGGAAGAAGAAAAGGAUUGAGGAGAAACUUUACUGGUAUGGACAAAACUCUGUGGUCAGCUCCAAACUGACAUGAACUAUUUUUUAUUCUAGGA